CAUUGCCUCUGUGGGCUCUCUCUCUCACUCAUUCCCUGUACCUUUUACUUAAAAGGGGUUUUGGGUAAAGGAUAAGCUAAGCUUGCACAUCAUGGCCUCUUUAUGCUCCUUCGCAUCUUCUUCUUCUUCAUGUUGUCACAAGCUUUCUCACCCUCUCAAACCAUCAUCCCUUCUCAAUCACAGCAUUACACUACCAAGAAUAAGAAAUAGGACGAAGAAGAGCACCAGUGUAAUCGUGAGGCCUCUCUUCUGUGCCCUCAACGACGUCGCAUUGCAGUACAGGAAACUAGGCGACUCUGACCUCAACGUUAGCGAAAUCACUAUUGGUACCAUGACCUUUGGGGAGCAAAACACAGAGAAAGAAGCUCAUGACAUUCUUAAUUAUGCAUUUCACCGUGGCAUUAACGCUCUCGAUACUUCAGAGGCCUACCCAAUUCCAAUGAAGAAAGAGACACAAGGAAAAACGGAUAUCUACAUUGGUAGCUGGCUAAAGUCUCAACCUCGUGACAAGAUUAUUUUGGCUACAAAAGUAUGUGGUUAUUCUGAGAGGUCAAGUUACUUGCGUGACAAUGCAAAAGUUUUACGGGUUGAUGCUGCAAAUAUCAGAGAAAGUGUGGAGAAAAGCCUUAAGCGCCUUGGCACUGAUUAUAUUGAUUUGCUGCAAAUUCACUGGCCAGAUCGCUAUGUUUCGUUGUUUGGUGAGUUUUUCUAUGAUCCUUCAAAAUGGAGGCCUAGUGUCUCGUUUGUUGAACAGCUGCAAGCUUUUCUAGAACUUAUCAAUGAAGGGAAGGUGCGCUACAUAGGUGUUUCAAAUGAGACUUCAUAUGGAGUGAUGGAAUUUAUCCAUGCAUCCAAAGUUCAAGGCCUUCCAAAGAUUGUCAGUAUCCAAAACAGCUACAGCUUGCUUGUUAGAUGUCAUUUUGAAAUUGAUCUUGUGGAAGUUUGCCAUCCAAAGAAUUGCAAUAUUGGCUUACUAGCCUAUUCUCCACUUGGAGGUGGAUCACUCACAGGAAAAUAUUUAGAUAUGAAUUCUGAAGCUGCAAAAAGAGGAAGGUUGAACCUCUUCCCUGGAUACAUGGAAAGAUAUAACAAAUCAGUGGCACGGGAAGCUACUAAAAAGUAUCUCGAGGUAGCCAAAAAACAUGGUCUAACUCCUGUUCAGAUUGCACUUGGAUUUGCAAGAGACCGUCCAUUCGUAACAAGUUCAAUUAUUGGGGCAACCUCUGUGGAACAACUAAAAAAAGACAUUGAUGCUUUUACAACAACUGAGCGGCCCUUACCAGCAGAUGUUAUGGCAGACAUUGAAGAUGUCUUCAAGAGAUACAAAGAUCCAACCAUUCUUUAAUCAUAAUUACACCUUUCAAGUUUUUCCUCACUUAUCUCUAAAUAUUUUGCCAUGAUGAAAAUUAGAGGAUGAAUAAAAUGAAUAUCCUUCCCUCAACCAUAGAAAUGUUAUCAGGCCUUAGAAAUUUAGUUUUGUUUAGUAUAUAUUAAAGAAAUAGUCUCUUCCUAGACAUGCACCGACUCUCUUAUACUAGUUUAAGGAGGUUUUGUUUAAAUGACAUUCUUACCCCUUAUUAGACCCCUCAUGUUGAAUAACAGACUGAGUAUACUC